AUGAAUCAAAAGCAGUGUGUGGCACAAAAAUUCUUCGCGGUCUUGGAAAAAAAAAGUAAAUCAUCUUUUUGGAAACACUUAAAAUAUAAGCAUCCACUUACAUUAAAGGAUCAAAGUAAAAUCGAAAAUAAGCAAUGUUCAGGUUCAGAAUCUUCAGGAGAAUUGAAACAAAUUAAAAUUACUGAGAGCUUCGAAAGACAAUGGGACAUAAACGAUUCAAGGACAAAAAGAAUACACCAGGCUACAGGAGAAAUGAUCGUUCUUGAUAAGCAACCUUUUUCUGUUGUGGAGAAUAAAGGAUCCAAAAGAUUGUUUGCUGUCCUGGAACGAAAGUAUAGUAUACCCAGUCGGCCAUAUUUCAGCAAAACUGUCAUUCCUGAGAUAUACGAAGAGUGUCAAAGUAGAGUAGCUGAAAUGUUAGCAGAUGCAAGAUUUAUUUCUUUCACAACAGACAUGUGGACUUCUGAUGUGAACAAUAAGAGCUUUAUAAGUUUAACUGGACAUUGGAUUUCCAGAAAUUUUGAACAAAAACAUUAUGGGCUAAGUAUUCGUGGUCUGGAUGGCAGUCAUACUGGUGAAAAUAUAAAAAAUGCUUUACUAGAAUUGUUAAGAAAUAAUAACAUAGAAGUGGGCAGAGAUCACUUGGUUCUUCGAGAUAGUGGUGCUAAUAUUAAGAAUGCUACAAAAGAUAUGGGAGUCAAUAAUGAAUCCUGUUUUAUUCAUACUCAGCAGCUUGUAGUAGUUAACUCUCUUAAAGAGCAAACAUCCCUUAUGGAAAUUGUACCCAUUGCAAGAAAAAUAGUGACUCAUAUAAACCAUUCCUCUCCAUCUCGAACAAAAUUAGAAGAAAUCAAGAAAGACGUCAACCUACCUAUCAAAAAAAUGGUUCAAGAUGUUCAAAGACGUUGGAAUUCCACGUAUUAUCUAUUAGAAAGACUUGUCGAGCAGCGAAGGGCCAUUAACUUGCUUGCCACGGAAGUUGAUGCGGUUCCCUCUUUGACACCAAGUCCGCCAAACAUUGAUCAAAGUAAAAUCGAAAAUAAGCAAUGUUCAGGUUCAGAAUCUUCAGGAGAAUUGAGACAAAUUAAAAUUACUGAGAGCUUCGAAAGACAAUGGGACAUAAACGAUUCAAGGACAAAAAGAAUACACCAGGCUAUAGGAGAAAUGAUCGUUCUUAAUAAGCAACCUUUUUCUGUUGUGGAGAAUAAAGGAUCCAAAAGAUUGUUUACUGUCCUGGAACGAAAGUAUAGUAUACCCAGUCGGCCAUAUUUCAGCAAAACUGUCAUUCCUGAGAUAUACGAAGAGUGUCAAAGUAGAGUAGCUGAAAUGUUAGCAGAUGCAAGAUUUAUUUCUUUCACAACAGACAUGUGGACUUCUGAUGUGAACAAUAAGAGCUUUAUAACUUUAACUGGACAUUGGAUUUCCAGAAAUUUUGAACAAAAACAUUAUGGGCUAAGUAUUCGUGGUCUGGAUGGCAGUCAUACUGGUGAAAAUAUAAAAAAUGCUUUACUAGAAUUGUUAAGAAAUAAUAACAUAGAAGUGGGCAGAGUUCACUUGGUUCUUCGAGAUAGUGGUGCUAAUAUUAAGAAUGCUACAAAAGAUAUGGGAGUCAAUAAUGAAUCCUGUUUUAUUCAUACUCAGCAGCUUGUAGUAGUUAACUCUCUUAAAGAGCAAACAUCCCUUAUGGAAAUUGUACCCAUUGCAAGAAAAAUAGUGACUCAUAUAAACCAUUCCUCUCCAUCUCGAACAAAAUUAGAAGAAAUCCAGAAAGACGUCAACCUACCUAUCAAAAAAAUGGUUCAAGAUGUUCAAAGACGUUGGAAUUCCACGUAUUAUCUAUUAGAAAGACUUGUCGAGCAGCGAAGGGCCAUUAACUUGCUUGCCACGGAAGUUGAUGCGGUUCCCUCUUUGACACCAAGUCAGUGGGAUUCGUUGGAAAAGCUUUUACGACUUUUACAACCAUUUGAGCAAACUACCAAACAUUUUAGCAGAGAAUUAUGUAUAAUAUCAGAAGUGAUUCCUACAGUUUGUCAUUAA